AUGGAGUCGUCGACAAUUGUUACACCUGGACAGAGACUAUGUAGAGAGAGUGAAUAUAUUGCCUCAGAAGGUACAUAUAUACACAAAGGUGCCAUCUACUCAUCAGUACUUGGUUUCUCACAUGUCAUCAAGAGACAUCAAAGUAGCGAACAAGAUGAUCAAACUAAGGAUAAGGAUGAUAUAGUUGCAUCAACAAAUGAGAAUGAUUUGAAGAAGGAUUAUAUUGUUGUGAUGAAGGAGAAGGACCCUGGAGUUGUGCCGGAUAUUGGUAGUGUUGUGACUGCACAGGUACUUAGAAACAAUCCUAGAUUGGCAUCAGUGGCUAUACUAUGUGUUGGUACUAAAGCUUUGAAAGAGACAUUCAAUGGCAUCAUUCGUGUACAAGAUGUACGCGCCACAGAGAUUGACAAGGUUGAGAUCUACAAAUCAUUCAGACCAGGUGAUAUCGUUGUAGCUCAAGUUAUAUCACUCGGUGACAGUAGAUCAUAUUAUCUGUCGACGGCAAAGAAUGAGUUGGGCGUCGUGUUUGCACAGAUGGCAAAGAUGGAGUUGGACUCGGAUGAGAAUAACAACGAGGACAACAAUAACAACAACAAUGAGAAUGGAGACGAACAGGAGAAUGAAGAGGCUGAGUCAUAA